AUGCCAAAGCACCCGACCGAUCACCUCGAAGGAUUCCUCCAAGCACACGUCCGACGGCCUCUGCCUCUCUCGUCCAAUCUGGAUAAUCCCAUCGCCACAAAACAGCGGAUCUUCGACCUAAAGCCCCCAGCUCGUCGGUGGAGGAAGCAUCUACCCGACCGUCGGAGCAAUACCGGACAUGACCGCCCGAAAGAGCCAGUCGAACGGACAAUCACUUCAUCGACAGUGGAGAGCAGUAUGAGGGAUUAUCAAACCAGCUGGUUAGAUUUUCAAGGCUCAGAAGGUGCGCGGGAAGCGCUUAUACAUGCGGUUUCUCGCAGUCUGGAAGGGCUGGGCGAGAAACGGGCGGUUGCAGGAUCUUGGGCACUGGGCAGCCAAGGUCGCUCCAGAAAGAUGGCUCGACGGGGCCUGAUGACGGCGGAAAAGAAUGCUCGAUGCAACCCGUCCAAUCAACACAAAAAUUCCCAACACUUGAUUGUUGUCCUUGCACGAGUCAGGAAUCCCAAAGAUGGCGACACAUCCAAUCACCACAUCGGUUAUGACGGGAGCCUUGUCCGGGCUGAGGCUCCUCGCGCUCCGCCCGGAGUUCAGCAUUGA